UUAGUUUUUAAUUUGUGUAAGGACAUCAAAAUGUUACGGUUUAUUUCAUUUUUGGCCAUUAUAUAUAGUGUUAACUGUGCUUCAGCACCAUUCAUCAAGCCCUGCAAAAGUUCUGACAAUGCUUGUCUACUCGCGUCUGCACAAGCAGCUCUGCCAAUUGUAGCAGCUGGUAUACCUGAACUUGGAGUUAAACCUUUGGACCCGCUGCAUAUUCCAUUAGUAAAAAGCAAUACAGCUGGAUUAGAAGUCACCUUCUCGGAUAAUGUUGUAACCGGAUUGAAAGGAUGCAAAAUAGAGGCUAUUAAAAAUGACCUUGCCAAAAACAAACAAGUCAUUGCCAUGCGGUGUAGCACGGAAUGGCGGGGCAAUUACCAGAUGGAUGGACAGAUGAUAGUUCUACCGGUGAAAGGAGAAGGAAAAUGUGUUCUAACUGUCCAGGAUUUGGUUGUUAAAACAACCAGUGAUCUGACGACUGUACAAGGCGAAGACGGAAAACCACACUGGCAUAUUGCUAAAUGGAAACAUGCUUAUGAAGUCAAGACUAACGCGAAAUUCCAAUUAGAUAACUUGUUCAAUGGGAAUAAAGUUCUUGCGGACCCAGUGAUAAACUUCAUGAAUUCUAACUGGCAAGUGGUGAUGAAAGAAAUGGCUGGUCCCUCAAUUUAUGCUACAAUAGAAGCUGUCAUUGAUGCUGUUGAAGCUAUAUAUAAAGCUGUUCCAGCUGAAGAACUGUUUAUUAGUGAAUAAAUUUUACAAUUUGAUUUUAAUGGAGAUUUAUAAGUCUGGUAAUCUUUUAUUAGCACCAUACCCGCAAGUAUACUGGUAUGGUACUAGUUUAAGACAACGAAACUGGAUCACUACAUGGAUCGAUUAAGGACUAUGUGAUUUAGCAGUGUAAUAAUUUUUUGCUUCUAAAACACCUGCUAGCUCUAGUCAAUUAAGAUGCUGAGGACUAUCGAGUUUUGUAUGGUUUGUUUGUUGAAAUAUAUUACAUAUAUUUGCUCAAUUAUCAAAUAUGUCUUUAUUAUUACCUGCCCUCUCUAUUCUACCAAAGUUAUUAUUAUCACAGUUGGCU